AUGUAUUGGGUAUGGCACACUUCCUCGCCACCGCAUCAUGUGUAUUGGGUAUGGCACUCUUCCUCGUCACCACAUCAUGUGUAUGGGGCACACUUCCUCGCCCACCGCAUCAUGUGCAUUGGGUGGCACACUUCCUCGUCACUGCAUCAUGUGUAUUGGGUAUGGCACACUUCCUCGUCACCGCAUCAUGUGCAUUGGGUGUGGCACACUUCCUCGUCACUGCAUCAUGUGUAUUGGGUAUGGCACACUUCCUCGCCACCGCAUCAUGUGUGUGGGGUGGCACACUUCCUCGUCACUGCAUCAUGUGUAUUGGGUGGCACACUUCCUCGUCACCACAUCAUGUGUAUUGGGCAUGGCAUCACACUUUCUCGCCACCGCAUCAUGUGUAUUGGGGUGGCACACUUCCUCGUCACUGCAUCAUGUGUAUUGGCAUGGCACUUCCUCGUCACCACAUCAUGUGUAUUGGGUAUGGCACUUCCUCGCCACCGCAUCAUGUGUAUUGGGUGGCACACUUCCUCGUCACUGCAUCAUGUGUAUUGGGUAUGGCACACUUCGUCACCACAUCAUGUGUAUUGGGUGGCACUUUCGCCACCGCAUCAUGUGUAUUGGGUAUGGCACACUUCCUCGUCACUGCAUCAUGUGUAUUGGGUGUGGCACACUUCCUCGUCACUGCAUCGUGUGUAUUGGGUAUGGCACACUUCCUCGCCACCACACCAUGUGUGUGGGUAUGGCACACUUCCUCGCAAACGCAUCAUGUGUAUUGGGUGCACUUCCUCGCCACCACAUCAUGUUUAUUGGGUAUGCACACUUCCUCGCCAACGCAUCAUGUGUAUUGGGUAUGGCACACUUCCUACUGCAUCAUGUUUAUUGGGUAUUGCACACUUCCUCCACACCGCAUCAUGUGUAUUGUGGCACACUUCCUCGAAAACGCAUCAUGUGUAUUGGGUGUGGCACACUUCCUCGCAAACGCAUCAUGUGUAUUGGGUAUUCAUGGGUAUGGCACACUUCCUCGCCACCGCAUCAUGUUUAUGGGGUAUGGCACACUUCCUCGUCACCGCAUCGUGUGUGUCUAUGGCACACUUCGCCACCGCAUCAUGUCUAUUGGGUAUGGCACACUUUCGCCACCGCCACCUUCCCUCGUCACCACAUCAUGUUUGCACACUUCCUCGCCACCGCAUGUCUAUUGGGUAUGGCACACUUCCUCGACACCGCAUCAUUGGGUGUGGCUUCCUCGCAAUCGCAUCAUUGUAUUGGGUAUGGCACACUUCCUCGCCACCGCAUCAUGUUUUUAAUUAUUGCACACUUCCUCGUCACCGCAUCGUAUUGUGUAUUAGGUAUGGCACACUUCCUCGCAUCACCACAUCGUCAUCUGCAUCAUGUUAUUGGGUUGGCACACUUCCUCGUCACCACAUCAUGUGUGGCACACUUCCUCGCCACCGCAUCAUGUCAUUAGGUGUCUGCACCUUGUCGUCACCACAUCAUGUGUGUUGGGUAUGGCACACUUCCUCGUCACAUCAUGUGCAUUAUUGGGUGUGGCACCUUCCUCGUCAUGCAUCAUGUGUGGUGGCACACAUUCAUCUCGCCACCACUUCAUCAUGUGUAUUGGGUAUGGCACACUUUCUCACUCACCGCAUCAUGUGUAUUGGGGCACUUCCUCGUCUGCAUCGCAUCAUGUGCAUGCAUGCACACUUUGUCGCCACCGCAUCAUGUGUAUUCCUCGGCACACCACAUCAUGUGUGUAUUGGGUAUGGCACACUUCCUCGUCACCACAUCAUGUGUAUUGGGUAUGGCACCUUCCCUCGCCACCGCAUCAUGUGUAUGUGGCACACUUCCUCGUCACCAUCAUGUGUGUUGGGUAUGGCACACUUCCUCGUCACCACAUCAUGUGUAUUGGGUAUGGCACACUUCCUCGACACUGCAUCAUGUGUAUUGGGUGUAGCAUCGUCACUGCAUCAUGUGUAUUGGGUCUUCCUCGCCACCACAUCAUGUGUUUUGGGUAUGGCACUUCUUCGCCACCGCAUCAUGUGUAUUGGGCCACUUCCUCGUCACUGCAUGUGUAUUGGGUGUGGCACUUCUCGUCAACGCAUCACACUCGAAAACGCAUCAUGUGUCCUGGUACACUUCCUCGCCACCGCAUCAUGUGUAUUGGGUAUGGCACACUUCGCAAACGCAUCAUGUGUAUUCACCACUUCCUCGAAAACGCAUCAUGUGUGGAAUUGGGUCCUGGCAUCAUGUGGGUUCCACUUCAAACGCAUCAUGUGUAUUGGGCACACUUCCUCGAAAACGCAUCAUGUAUUGGAGAUGGCACACUUCCUCGAAACGCAUCAUGUGUAUUUUGUGGCACACUUCCUCGAAAACGCAUCACUUGGGUAUGGCACACUUCCUCCAAACGCAUCAUGUGUAUUGGGUAUGGCACACUUCCUCGAAAACGCAUCAUGUGUAUUGAGAUUGCACACUUCCUCGCCACCGCAUCAUGUUUGUGGGGCUUUGCACUUCCUCGCCACCACAUCAUGUGUAUUGGGUUGGCACCUUCCUCGCCACCGCAUCAUGUGUAUUGGGUAUUGCACACUUCCUCGACACCGCAUCAUGUGUAUUGUGUAUGGCACACUUCCUCGCAAACGCAUCAUGUGUAUUGGGUAUGGCACACUUCCUCGCAAACGCAUCAUGUGUAUUGGGUAUGGCACACUUCCUCGAAAACGCAUCAUGUGUAUUUGGCACUUCCUCAAAACGCAUCAUGUGUAUUGGGUUCACUUCCUCGCCACCACAUCAUGUGUGGGUAUGGCACACUUCCUCGCCACCGCAUCAUGUGUGUUGGGUAUUGCACACUUCCUCGUCACCGCAUCAUGUGUAUUUGUAUGGUCGCAAACGCAUCAUGUGUAUUGGGUAUGGCACACUUCCUCGUCACUGCAUCAUGUGUGGGUGGCGGCACACUUCCUCGCCACCGCAUCAUGUGUAUUGGGUGUUGCACUCUUCCUCGUCACCGCAUCGUGUGUGUAUUGGCACACUUCCUCGCCACGCAUCAUGUCAUGGCACACUUCCUUCACUGCAUCAUGUGUAUUGGGUAUGGCACUUCCUCGUCACCACAUCAUCAUAGCACACUUCCUCGCCACCGCAUCAUGUGUAUUUGUGGCACACUUCCUCCAUCAUGUGUAUUGGGUAUGGCACACUUCCCACCGCAUCAUGUUUGGGUGGCACUCUUCCUCGUCACCACAUCAUGUGUAUUGGGUAUGGCACACUUCCUCGCCACCGCAUCAUGUGCAUGGCACACUUCCUCGUCACUGCAUCAUGUGUAUUGGGUACACUUCCUCUCGUCACCGCAUCAUUGGGUGUGGCACUUCCUCACACUGCAUCAUGUGUAUUGGGUGGAACACUUCCUCGCCACCGCAUCAUUGUGAGCACACUUCCUCGGCAUCAUGUGUAUUGGGUACACACUUCCUCGUCACUGCAUCAUGUGUAUUGGGUAUGGCACACUUCCUCGUCACACAUCAUGUGUAUUGGGUAUGGCACACUUCCUCGCCACCGCAUCAUCAUGUGUAUUGGGUAUGGCACUUCCUCGUCACUGCAUCAUGUCAUGGUUCCUCGUCACCACAUCAUGUGUAUUGGGUAUGGCACACUUCCUCGACACCGCAUCAUGUGUAUUGGGUAUGGCACACUUCCUCGUCACUGCAUCAUGUGUUUCGUUACCACAUCAUGUGUAUGGCACACUUCCUCGAAACCGCAUCAUGUGUAUUGGGUGCGCAUACUUCCUCACUGCAUCAUGUAUUGGGUAUGGCACACUUCACCGCAUCAUGUGGCACUUCUCGAAAACGCAUCAUGUGUGUUGGAUGGCACUUCCUCGUCACUGCAUCAUGUGUAUUGGGUGUGGCACACUUCCUCGAAACCGCAUCAUGUGUAUUGGUUAUGGCACCUUCUCGCAACCGCAUCAUGUGUAUUGGGUAUGGAACACUUCCUCGAAAACGCAUCAUGUAUUGGUGUGCACACUUCCUCGAAAACGCAUCAUGUGUAUUGGCGGCACACUUCCUCGAAAACGCAUCAUGUGUGCACAUACUUCCUCGCACUUCCACAUCAUGUAUUGGGUAUGGCACACUUCCUCGAAAACGCAUCAUGUGUGUGAGGUGUGCACACUUCCUCGCCACCCGCAUCAUGUGUAUUGGGUAUGGCACACUUCCUCGCCACCGCAUCAUGUGUAUUUAUGGCACACACCGUUCUCGUGUAUUGCGGCCGCAUGGGCGGCCACUCGUGCAUCAUUGGGUAUGGCACUUCCUCGACACCGCAUCAUGUGUAUUGGUAUGGCACACUUCCUCGACCGCAUCAUGUGUAAACGCACAUUCUCGUCACUGCAUCAUGUAUUGGUAUGGCACACUUCCUCGCCAACGCAUCAUGUGUAUUGGCACAUGGCACAUGUGUCCUCGCCACCGCAUCAUGUGUAUUGGGUAUGGGAGAUGUUGUGGCACACUUCCUCGUCAACGCAUCAUGUGUAUUGGGGUAUGGCACACUUCCUCGCCACCGCAUCAUGUGUAUGGGUAUGGCACACUUCCUCGCAAACGCAUCAUGUGUAUUGGGUAUGGCACUUCUCCUCGCCAUGUGUAUUCGACACCGUCACUGCAUCAUGUGUAUUGGGUAUGGCACACUUCCUCGCCACCGCAUCAUGUGGGUAUGGCACACUUCUCGGGUAUGGCACACUUCCUCGUCACCGCAUCGUGUGUGUGGGCAUCAGGUUUGGCACACUCGCCACCGAAAAACGCAUCACUGCAUGUGUAUUGGGUAUGGCACACUUCACCGCAUCAUGUGUAUUGGUACGGCACACUUCAUCGCCACCGCAUCAUGUCUGUGGUAUGGCACACUUCUCGCCACCGCAUCAUGUGUAUUGUGUAUGGCACACUUCCUCGCCAACGCAUCAUGUGUAUUGGGUAUGGUACACUUCCUCGCCACCGCAUCAUGUGUAUGUCUGGGUAUGGCACACUUCCUCGCCACCGCAUCAUGUGUAUUAACAGCACUUCCUCGUCACCGCAUCAUGUGUUUAUUGCACUUCCUCGCCACCGCAUCAUGUGUAUUAAUUAUGGCACUUCCUCGUCACCGCAUAAUGUCUCACUUCCUCGUCACCGCAUCAUGUGUAUUGGGUAUUGCACACUUCCUCGCCACCACAUCAUGUAUUUGUAUGGCACACUUCCUCGUCACUGCAUCAUGUGUGUUGUGUAUGGCGGCACUUCCUCGCCACCGCAUCAUGUGUAUUGGGUAUGGCACACUUCCUCGCCACCACAUCAUGUCUAUUGUGUAUGGCACACUUCCUCGCCACCGCAUCAUGUCUAUUGUGUUGUCACCACAUCAUGUAUUAAUUAUAGCACUCUCGCCACCACAUCAUGUCUAUUGUAUGGCACACUUCCUCGCCACCGCAUCAUGUCUAUUGUGUAUGGCACACUUCCUCGCCACCGCAUCAUGUCUAUUGUGUAUGGCACACUUCCUCGCCACCCCAUCAUGUCUAUUGUGUAUGGCACACUUCCUCGCCACCGCAUCAUGUCUAUUGUGUAUGGCACACUUCCUCGCCACCGCAUCAUGUCAUUUGUAUGGCACACUUCCUCGCCACCGCAUCAUGUCUAUUGUGUAUGGCACACUUCCUCGCCACCACAUCAUGUCUAUUGUGUAUGGCACACUUCCUCGCCACCGCAUCAUGUGUAUUGGGUAUGGCACACUUCCUCGCCACCGCAUCAUGUCUAUUGUGUAUGGCACACUUCCUCGCCACCGCAUCAUGUCUAUUGUGUAUGGCACACUUCCUCGCCACCACAUCAUGUCUACAUCAUGUUUUGUAUUGGGAUGGCACACUUCCUCGCCACCGCAUCACUUCCUCGCCACCGCAUCAUGUUUAUUGGGUAUGGCACACUUCCUCGCCACCGCAUCAUGUCUAUUGUGUAUGGCACACUUCCUCGCCACCACAUCAUGUCUGUGUGGCGGCACACUUCUCUCGCCACCGCAUCAUGUCUAUUGGGUAUGGCACACUUCCUCGCCACCGCAUCAUGUCUAUUGGGUAUGGCACACUUCCUCGUCACCGCCAUCAUGUGUCUAUUGUGUAUGCACACUUCCUGCCACCACAUCAUGUCUAUUGGGUGGCACACUUGGCCACCACAUCUUGGCACACUUCCUCGCCACCACAUCAUGUCUAUUGUGUAUGGCACACUUCACCUGUCACCACCACAUGUCUAUUGGGUAUGGCACACUUCCUCGCCACCGCAUCAUGUCCACACUUCCUCGCCACCACAUCAUGCGUUGUGUAUGGCACACUUCCUCGCCACCGCAUCAUGUCUAUUGUGUAUGGCACACUUCCUUGCCACCGCAUCAUGUUUAUUGGGUGGCACACUUCCUCGUCACCGCAUCAUGUGGGGUAUGGCUCCUCCUCGCCACCACAUCAUGUCUAUUGUGGUGGCACUCGUCACCACAUCAUGUCUAUUUCCUCGCCACCAGGCGGCACACUUCCUCGCCACCACAUCAUGUGUAUUGGGUAUGGCACACUCCCACCGCAUCAUGUUUAUUGUAUGGCUUCGCCACCGCAUCAUGUCUAUUGUGUUCCUCGCCACCGCAUCAUGUUUUGGCACACUUCCUGGCAUCAUGUUUGUGCGGCACACUUCCUCGCCACCACAUCAUGUCUGUGCACACUUCCUCGCCACCGCAUCAUGUGUAUUCGGUGUGGCACACUUCCUCGCCACAUGUUUUCAUCAUGUUUAUGUGUGUGGGUCCUCGCAUGGCACACCACCGCAUCAUGUCUAUUGGUAUGGUGGCACACUUCCUCGCCACUGCAUCAUGUGUCUAUUGGGUGUGGCACACUUCCUCGCCACCACAUCAUGUGUAUGGGGUAUGGCACUUCCUCGCAUCCACCACAUCAUGUGUAUUGGGUAUGGCACACUUCCUCGCCACCACAUCAUGUCUGUUGGGUAUGGCACACUUCUCGCAUCACCACAUCAUGUCUGUUGGUGGCACACUUCCUCGCCACCACAUCAUGUUUAUGGGGCAUGGCACACUUCCUCCCACCGCAUCAUGUGUAUUGGGUAUGGCACUUCCUCGCCACCACAUCAUGUUUAUUGGGUAUGGCACACUUCCUCGUCACCGCAUCAUGUGUAUUGGGUAUGGCACACUUCCUCGCCACCACAUCAUGUGUAUUGGGUAUGGCACACUUCCUCGCCACCACAUCAUGUGCAUUGGGUAUGGCACACUUCCUCGUCACCACAUCAUGUGUAUUGGUAUGGCACACUUCCUCGCCACCACAUCAUGUUUAUUGGUAUGGCACACUUCCUCGCCACCACAUCAUGUCUAUUGGGUAUUUCUUCGCCACCACCAUCAUGUGUAUGUAUUGGGUAUGGCACACUUCCUCGCCACCACAUCAUGUCAUUGUGUAUGGCACACUUCCUCGCCACCACAUCAUGUUUAUUGGGUAUGGCACACUUCCUCGCCACCGCAUCAUGUUUAUUGACCCUCGGCACCGCAUCAUGUGUAUGGGGUACACUUCCUCGCCACCAUCAUCAUGUGUAUUGGGUAUGGCACACUUCCUCGCCACCACAUCAUGUUUAUGGGGUAUGGCACACUUCCUCGCCACCACAUCAUGUUUAUGGGGUAUGA